AUUAGUUCGUGAAUGAUAGACACUUAUACUGUCCCACAAUUAUUAUGUCUUUGACUGCCCUAAUUUGCACGGCCCGCAACAACUUGAGACUGGUUUGAAGCGAUUUUUGUAUUGAAAAAUGGCCCAAGAACAGUUCCUGUCUCUGCUGCAGACGGCCCUCCUCGAGAACGAUACGGUCGAUGCGGAGCGCCUGAUCAACUUGCCAUCGAAUCAGAGCGUUAUUAAGGAACAUCUUUGGGAGAUUGUACCUAGUAUAACAGUUUACAUCAACUCCGAAGCGGAUAUUGAAGAAGACGUUAGAUUGACGCAAUGCGUUGAUCUGUUGGAUCUUGCUUGCAGCAAGUGCAGCAGUGAAGAUAUCAUCUUGGCUUUACACAAGGAGAUCAGUGAUUGCGAUGAUGAUGUUAAAUACGGUUACCUGCUCAAGCAAUUGCACAAGGCUUUGGUGAGAGAGGAGGAGGUGAGGCUGAAGUACCAAGAAUUUGCUUUUGGAGCUGUGAAGGGUUACCUCAAGAAACUCCCGUUGCCGGACAAUCUGAAUCUAGAGAACAAGGAAAGGUUUCUCAUGGAUACAGACAGGGAUGUCUAUAGGAUAUGUGAUGUUUACACGAAAAUCAGCGAAUUUUACAGCGACGAAUUGAUUGCCAAGUUCGAAACCAGUAGAGUAUUAGUUUUAUAUCUGUUGCAUCUAUUUGGAACUCCGUUGGUUUAUUUGGAUUUGAUCUGUUUGAAUGAGACGAAAAGUCGAGGGAGAUUGUUAGCGGAAAAGAUUGUCGUUAGAGUGGCCGAAAAGUGCGACGUAUUCAAAUUCUUGUCUGAUAGGAAAUUCGAAAGCAACUUGGGAGACAUCGAUAAAUUGAGCCUUCUGAAUUUCUACUAUUUGAUUAUCCAAGAAGAUAUCGGUGGAUCUCUCGUACCUAAGAUCUACGACUCGCUUUACUUGCUGCAGAAUUGCCUUGGAUUCAUUGCGCAAGGAUUCGAGCACGAACAUCAAUUCAUUAUCGAGAAAAGUUUACUUUUGGUUACGAAGCUUUUGGCGUUGAACAAGCACAGGGAGUUGUCGCAUUUGAUGUUAGAGGAUCCGGUUCAUCAGCAGUUUUGCACCGGAAUAUCGAAGAUAAUAAUUUAUUGCCCAUUGAAGAGCGAUCGGCAGAGGGCUUUGGACGUGUUCAAAACGUAUUUGCUGAGUUUCGAUACGCACGGAAGAUAUUUGAUUAUCUACAAUAUGCUGCAGUUGUGCACGCACAGCGGAUUGAACGGCUUCAUGACGACUAUAUACAAAGAUAUGCUCGCGGAGGCUUUGAAGUCGGACCAACUGGAUUCGCAUUUCUCGGGAAAGAAGUUCCACAACAUGCUGAAGAUGUUUACGAAUUUGCCGAAACGCGAGGAGAGCGAUCUGCUGGAGUUGGCGGAUCUGAUAGUCCCGACGUUGAAUCUAAUUCGAUACCUAGCUAUAAGAGACCGCGCCAAUGUUACCGGCAUCUGGAAUCACGUUCGCGAAUUUACCGAGGAAUAUUUAGAACCUCUGACUAAAGGUUUGAGGUUGUCCCGGGCGCAUUACAAUUUAAAGAUCAACGAGUUGGAGCAGGAGGCGGCCAAAGGGGACGAUUGCAAACGGAAAGAAUCAUCUAAAGUGUCUGUAUCGAUUGGCGGUGGAAAUCUGCCAGAGAUGACUUCAGCUCAACAGAUGAACGUUAUGAAUACCUCGCUCACGGCGUUCGAUGUCAUGGGUAGCUUGUUGACGAGAGUCGUCGAGCUAGUUAUAUUUAAAAAUGUUAAACCUUAAUUUUCCUGUAAUAAAAUCAUACUAUAUUAUUA